CUCCUGAUUGGUUAUUGGCUAUAGUGACAUUGUAGGAAGAGUCUCUGAGGCGAUUUUUAAAGGGACAAGAACUUGGCACCAGAGCUCGAAGGGCGCUUUAUCAGGUAGAGACUGGUUCCCUGGUUUGGAGAAAUAAAGAUGGCAGAAAAGAUUCGGACGUCACGAACAACUGAACUUGAGUUUGGGGGACCAGUGGGUGCCUUCCUGCUCAUUUUUGUGAUGCCUGGCACAGUUUUCUACCUCCUGCUGACAUGCAGGACGAAAGAAGCCAGUGUGUUGCAGCUACCAGGCCCUCUUCCACCAUUUGAAUCUCUGUGGAACCCAGUUGCUCUGAUGAUUCUGCUGGCCUGGUUUUUUUUGCAGGCUUUAUUAUAUAUCCUGCCCAUGGGGAAGGUUAGUGAAGGAACACCGUUAAGAGAUAAUAGCCGACUGAAAUAUAGAAUCAAUGCCUUUCAUGCUAUGAUGGUCAGUAGCCUGCUGGCAGGGGUGGCACUUGUACUAAAACUGCCUCUGUCCUAUGUCUAUGACCACUUCCUGCAACUGGCUGUUGGUUCUGCAUUCCUGGCCUUGGUCCUUAGCAUCUUCCUCUAUAUGAAGUCACUGACGGCACCAAUGUCUGCUCUGGCUCCAGGUGGAAAUUCAGGUAACCCCUUAUACGAUUUUUUCAUUGGACAUGAACUUAACCCCCGUAUUGGCUCUUUUGACCUGAAGUAUUUCUGUGAGCUUCGUCCUGGACUGAUUGGAUGGUGUUUCAUUAACCUAUGCUUCCUGAUGAAGGAGAUUGAGCUGCAAGGCUCCCCAUCUCUAUCCAUGAUCUUGGUGUGUGGCUUUCAAGCUGUGUAUGUCAUUGACGCUCUGUGGCACGAAGAGGCUAUCCUCACUACAAUGGACAUUGUCCAUGAUGGCUUUGGUUUUAUGUUGGCUUUUGGUGACUUGUGCUGGGUUCCCUUCACCUACUCACUGCAAGGAUAUUUCUUAGUCACUCAUCCUCAGAAACUGGGUGUAACAGCUGCUACUGGCAUUGUGUUAUUAAACACUUUGGGAUACAUCAUUUUCCGUGGCUCUAACUCACAGAAAAAUGCUUUUCGGAGAAAUCCAGCUGACCCACAGGUAGCAGGGCUUGAAACUAUUCCAACAGCUACAGGGAAGAGGCUGCUUGUGUCGGGUUGGUGGGGCCUUGUUCGGCACCCAAAUUAUCUAGGAGAUUUGAUUAUGGCUCUGGCUUGGUCCCUGCCAUGUGGGCUCUCUCACAUCCUGCCUUACUUUUACGUCAUCUAUUUUACCGUCCUCCUCAUUCACCGUGAAGCAAGAGAUGAACACCAAUGUAUGAAGAAGUAUGGCUUGGCCUGGCAGGAAUAUUGUCGGCGGGUACCCUACAGAAUAUUUCCAUACAUCUACUGAUCAUUCAGCUCAUUUGUGUCCUUACCCCCACUCAGAGAACCAGAUCAAUACUUGCUCGGAGAAGUCAACUCAACUGGCUUUAGGAACAAGUUCAUAGAGCUGAUGCCAAUGGCAAACUCAUUUUUUUUAAUUUAACAUAUACAAACCUACUUCCAUUACUAUUAAACAGGAUAUGUCUCUGUUGAAACAA